AGCAAGAGGGGAAAAGAGAGAGCGCGUGAGAGAGAGACAGCAAAGCAGUCCCAGGCUUCCUUGUCUCUCACGUCAGAGGCAGGAACCUACUGUGCUAAGGCUGUUGGCUCAACACGCAGAGACGGAGAAAGGCACAGACACAGAAAACGAGAAAAGAGGGGUCCCCCCUGACCCAAGGAAUUACCACCAGUGGAGUAAAGCCACCUGACUUUUUAAUCUUAUUUUUGUUGCCUCCUCUUUCUCCUUCCACUCUAGCCCUGUCAGCUUGGGUUUCAUUUCUUUCGUGGAGCCUCCUCUCUUCCUCCCAGAAAAGGAGGAAGGGAAGAAAAGGGAGAGAGGUGGGUUCUCUAGGUGAGCGCAUCAGCUGGUUCCAGCCGCACAGACAAGAAUUCUCUUCGCAGGAAGCUCCUCUCGCUCCCCUGCCGCCCACCCUCAGCCGGGUGGACAUAUCAUUGCACCUGCACAGAAGCCAGGCCUCUUGGAGCUAGGGUUGAAGAGCGUGUGGGAAAGAGAAGACAUUGAAGACACGGUCACUAAAGAUUCCCCCAACUCCGUGUUGUGUGCGGCAGGCUGCUCUUGAACCCUGAGCUCUGGCGGAGAGGAUGGGGGUGGACGGGGAAACGGUGGUUCUGAAGAACAUGCUCAUUGGCGUCAACCUUAUCCUCCUGGGCUCCCUGCUCAAGCCCUCCGAGUGUCAGCUGGAGGUCACCACCGAAAGGGUCCAGGGACAGGCGGUGGAGGAGGAAGGAGGGGCGGCCAGCUACAACGCCUCGGGCAAAGAGCAGCCGGUGGUGUUCAACCACGUGUACAACAUCAACGUGCCCCUGGACAGCCUCUGCUCCUCGGGGCUGGAGGCCUCGGCCGAGCAGGACGUGAGCGCCGAAGACGAGGCGCUGGCGCAGUACACGGGCCAGACGUCCGACCGCGACAGCCAGGUCACCUUCACCCACAAGAUCAACCUCCCCAAAAAGGCCUGCCCGUGCGCCGGCUCGGCCCGGGUGCUGCAGGAGCUGCUGAAUCGGAUCGAGAUGCUGGAGAGGGAGGUGUCGCUGCUGCGGGACCAGUGCACCGCCAGCUGCUGCCCAGAAAGCGCCGCCACAGGACAACUGGACUACAUCCCUCACUGUAGUGGCCACGGCAACUUUAGCCUCCAGUCCUGCGGCUGCAUCUGCAAUGAAGGCUGGUUCGGCAAGAACUGCUCCGAGCCCUACUGCCCGCUGGGCUGCUCCAGCCGGGGCGUGUGUGUGGACGGCCAGUGCGUCUGUGACAGCGAGUACAGCGGGGGCGACUGCUCUGAGCUCCGGUGCCCGACAGACUGCAGCUCCCGGGGGCUCUGCGUAGAUGGAGAGUGUGUCUGUGAAGAGCCCUACACAGGCGAGGACUGCAGUGAGCUGAGGUGCCCCGGGGACUGUUCGGGGCAGGGGAGAUGCGCCAAUGGCACCUGCUUCUGCCAGGAGGGCUACAUGGGAGAGGACUGCAGUCAACGGCAGUGUCUGAACGCCUGCAGCGGGCGAGGACACUGCCAGGAGGGGCUUUGCUUCUGUGAAGACGGCUACCUGGGCCCUGACUGUUCGGCAGUUGCCCCUCCAGAGGACUUGCGAGUGGCUGGUAUCAGCGACAGGUCCAUUGAGCUGGAAUGGGACAGGCCGAUGGCAGUGACGGAAUAUGUGAUCUCUUACCAGCCGAUGGCCCUGGGGGGCCUCCAGCUCCAGCAGCGGGUACCUGGAGAUUGGAGUGGUGUCACCAUCACGGAGCUGGAGCCAGGUCUCACCUACAACAUCAGCGUCUACGCUGUCAUUAGCAACAUCCUCAGCCUUCCCAUCACUGCCAAGGUGGCCACCCAUCUCUCCACUCCUCAAGGGCUACACUUCAAGACGAUCACAGAGACUACCGUGGAAGUGCAGUGGGAGCCCUUUUCAUUCUCCUUUGAUGGGUGGGAGAUCAGCUUCAUUCCAAAGAAUAAUGAAGGAGGGGUGAUUGCUCAGCUCCCCAGUGAUGUUACAUCCUUCAAUCAGACAGGACUAAAGCCUGGGGAGGAAUACAUUGUCAAUGUGGUGGCUCUGAAAGAGCAAGCCCGGAGCCCCCCUACCUCGGCCAGCGUCUCUACUGUCAUUGAUGGACCCACACAGAUCCUGGUUCGAGAUGUCUCAGACACUGUGGCCUUCGUGGAGUGGACCCCACCUCGAGCCAAAGUCGAUUUCAUUCUCUUGAAGUACGGCUUGGUGGGUGGGGAAGGUGGGAAGACCACCUUCCGGCUACAGCCUCCCCUGAGUCAAUACUCAGUGCAGGCCCUACGGCCAGGGUCCCGCUAUGAGGUGUGGGUCAGCGCUGUCCGUGGUGCCAACGAGAGCCAGUCCACGACCACCCAGUUCACCACAGAGAUUGAUGCCCCCAAGAACCUGAGAGUGGGCUCCCACACGGCAACCAGCCUUGACCUCGAGUGGGACAACAGCGAAGCAGAGGUCCAGGAGUACAAAGUUGUGUAUAGCACCCUGGCGGGUGAGCAGUACCAUGAGCUGCUGGUCCCCAAGAGCAUGGGUCCCACCACCCGAGCCACACUCACAGAUCUGGUGCCUGGCACGGAGUAUGGAGUUGGAAUAUCUGCUGUCAUGAACUCACAGCAAAGUGUGCCAGCCACCAUGAAUGCCAGGACUGAACUUGACAGUCCCCGGGACCUCAUGGUGACUGCCUCCUCGGAAACCUCCAUCUCCCUCAUCUGGACCAAGGCCAGUGGCCCCAUUGAUCACUACCGAAUUACCUUUACCCCAUCCUCCGGGAUCGCCUCAGAAGUCACUGUGCCCAAGGACAGGACCUCAUACACACUGACAGAUCUGGAGCCUGGAGCAGAAUACAUCAUUUCAAUCACUGCUGAGAGGGGUCGGCAGCAAAGCUUCGAGUCCACUGUGGAUGCCUUCACAGGCUUCCGCCCCAUCUCCCAUUUGCACUUUUCUCAUGUGACCUCCUCCAGUGUAAACAUAACCUGGAGUGACCCAUCCCCUCCAGCAGACAGACUCAUUCUGAACUACAGCCCUCGCGAUGAAGAGGAAGAGAUGACAGAGGUCUCUCUGGAUGCUACCAAGAGGCAUACUGUCCUGAUGGGUCUGCAGCCAGCUACUGAGUACAUUGUGAACCUGGUAGCAGUCCACGGAACAGUGACCUCUGAGCCCAUCGUGGGCUCCAUCACCACAGGAAUUGAUCCUCCCAAAGACAUCACAAUUAGCAAUGUGACGAAGGACUCAGUUAUGGUCUCCUGGAGCCCUCCUGUUGCACCUUUUGAUUACUACCGAGUAUCAUAUCGGCCAACACAAGUUGGACGACUGGAUAGUUCAGUGGUGCCCAACACAGUGACGGAAUUCACCAUCACCAAACUGUAUCCAGCCACUGAGUAUGAAAUCAGUCUCAACAGUGUGCGGGGCAGGGAGGAGAGUGAGCGCAUCUGUACCCUCAUUCACACAGCCAUGGACAACCCUGUGGAUCUGACUGCUACCAACAUUACUCCAACAGAAGCCCUGCUGCAAUGGAAGGCACCAGUGGGUGAAGUGGAGAACUAUGUCAUUAUUCUCACACACUUUGCAGUUGCUGGGGAGACCAUCCUGGUUGAUGGAGGCAGUGAGGAAUUCCAGCUUGUUGGCCUGCUUCCUAGCACCCACUAUACUGUCAGCAUGUAUGCCGCCAGUGGGCCUCUCACCAGUGGUACCAUCAGCACCAACUUCUCUACCCUCCUGGACCCUCCUGCAAACCUGACAGCCAGUGAAGUCACCAGACAAAGUGCCCUGAUCUCCUGGCAGCCUCCCAGAGCAGAGAUUGAAAACUACAUCUUAACUUACAAAUCCACUGAUGGAAGCCGCAAGGAGCUGAUUGUGGAUGCAGAGGACACGUGGAUCCGAUUGGAGGGCCUGUCUGAGAGCACAGAUUACACAGUGCUCCUGCAGGCAGCGCAGGACACCGCCCGGAGCAGCCUCACCUCUGCCACCUUCACCACAGGGGGCCGAGUGUUUCCUCAUCCUCAAGACUGUGCCCAGCAUUUGAUGAAUGGAGACACUCUGAGUGGGGUUUACACCAUUUUUCUCAAUGGAGAGCUAAGCCGGAAGUUACAGGUGUACUGCGACAUGACCACGGAUGGGGGUGGAUGGAUUGUGUUCCAGAGACGACAGAAUGGCCAAACUGACUUUUUCCGGAAAUGGGCUGAGUACCGUGUUGGCUUCGGGAACCUGGAGGAUGAGUUUUGGCUGGGGCUGGACAACAUACACAGGAUCACAUCCCAGGGCCGCUACGAGCUGCGCGUGGACAUGCGGGACGGCCAGGAGGCUGCCUUCGCCUACUACGACAAGUUCUCCGUGGAGGAUGCUAGAAGCCUGUACAAGCUGCGUCUAGGAGGCUACAAUGGCACUGCAGGGGACUCUCUCAGCUAUCAUCAGGGGCGCCCUUUCUCCACAGAGGACAGAGACAAUGAUGUUGCUGUUACCAACUGCGCCAUGUCUUACAAGGGGGCCUGGUGGUACAAGAACUGCCACCGGACCAACCUCAAUGGGAAAUAUGGAGAGUCCAGGCACAGUCAGGGGAUCAACUGGUACCACUGGAAAGGCCACGAGUUCUCCAUCCCUUUCGUGGAGAUGAAGAUGCGCCCCUAUAACCACCGUCUCCCAGCGGGGCGGAAACGGCGGUCCUUGCAGUUCUGAGCAGCGGUGGCCCUGGGCCGACUGACCCUUUCUGUCAUUUGUUUGUAUUUUAUAAUAUGAGACAAGGGGUGGGGGGUAAGAGUACUGUGCUUUGCAACAUUUGAAGGGCGUUCAAGGAAGCAGGACAUAGCUGCUUGCGGUUUCUGCUGUCCCGGGCCUGGGCCUCGGUCUCCACGCUCCCUCCCACCCAGUCAUCCCUAACCUUUGCCUCCCUUCCCACUAAGGAGGGAAAGUCGGAAACAUUUUAAAGAGACCCAUGGAAAGGCAGGUCCCAGAAUCAGAUUGCUAUGGCAACAGGCCUUCUUUUCCUGCCCUCCUAGGAGUUGCCUGGCAUUCCAGGUAUCCGUGCUCAGGUUACCGCCUUGGAUGGUCAGAUUCUCACAGCAGCCCCUGGGAGAAGCCUUGGGAAGAGAGCUCUGCCAUCCACACCCCUUGAGAGGAAGCAGAUGAACCUCACCCCAUCCCAACAACCCAAGUCCUUUUCAAUGGGCCAAAGAUUCUCAUUGCCUGACACUCUUACCAGCGAAGUGUCCUAUUACCUUUUAAGAGCAGUUCGCCUCCUUCCCCAUCCCAAGCAAUUCUGUGCCUAUGUCCAUCUUACCCUUAGACCCCCAUGGUCCCACAAGCCCAAGGCAUUGUCCACACCUGGCCCCAGGCUCCACAGUGGCCGUGUCCCUGAGGGUCCUAAGUCCUUGCUCCCUCUCUUGGGUCAAACGGAAGAACUUCCUUUUGUGGGCGAAAGGGUCUCGGAGAUGGUGGCAGUUUUCACCCUUUGGGGUCAGACAUUGAGGAAAGGACAAUAGUAGAAAUCAGGGCAUCUGCCAUUUGAGAUUAUGGUCCCAUGGGAAACAGAGAUCUUACCUGGCUCUAUUUUCAUGUUUCUAGUCCUAUCUGUCAUGGAUUUUCUUUUCUUUUCUUAUUUCUGAAUUGCAAACAGAAGGCCUCAUUUCUGUCUUCAGCCAGGCUCUCCUUAAUGUGGGUGGCUUAUUAAGAGUCAGAAGAAGUUAUGUGAUCAGCCAGCCAUUCCUUUGACUGACAAUUCCUGGAAAGAGGUGAAAUUCAUGGGGAGUUGUUUUUGUUUUUUGCUCCUUUUUUUUUUUUUUUUUUGGUCCUGUGGGAAAUAGGAAUGACCUCUCUAAUGAGUUGGCAUCAUGAGAAGCCUUUCUCCAUCUUCUUUUAUUAUUCUGCCUCUGAGAGGAAAAAUGAAAAGUGCCAGAGGAAAUUACAUCUGGAAAUCCAAAGGUGAACAGGGGACGACUGUGGGCCUACCUCCCAUUUUAUGAGAUGUGCUCUCUUCACUACCAUGAUUUGAUUUUUAAGCCCAAGAGAGCUGGAGGCUCUAGAAACCAUGACCCUUUGACUUCUCCAAAUCAAAUGUCAGGUGCAGCCAUCCCUGCAGCCUCUACCGAAAUCCAUAGCCAGCUCCCCAGUUGCCCUCCCCUUUCCCCUCCUCAUGGUCCUGCAGGUCCCACUUUUGUUUUCUGUAAUCCCCGUGGUUAGCCAAACUAGGGCAUCGUGUUCCUUUCCCAACCAGUUGCUGGAAAAGCCUGAGAGCUAGCAAUUUCCUAAUGGAAAUAGCUGCACUCUAACAUGAUUCUGAUCCCCAAGAAAAGAUAGUCCCUUGGGCUGCUGAUCACACUUUAUGCUUACAAACCCCGGGGCUGGGACGUGGAGGCCACAUAGACACUUCCUCAGGUUAGCUUGGGCUUCAAAAGAAACCCAAACCCCUUGUCCUACUAGAAGGAGGACAAGGAAGAAAGAGAAACAGUCCUUUCAAGAAAUGUGUAAACUGAGAGAUUGAGCUAGAGAAUGGAACACACCAGUGAUUACUAGGAAAGGAAGCAAGGGCUAAGGUAUAGGCCCCUCCUCUACCAUGUCAUUGGCUCUGUGACAUCAUUGUUUUCUCACUCUGUGUGGGACUCAGUUCCCCCUCCCCCAGGGGGUUGAAUGAAAGUUUAGACUAGACUGGCCACCAACUUCCUUUUCAGUUUUGAUGGUCAGUAGUGCAAGUUUCCGACCUGAAAAUCUAAUUAGAAAUUGGCAUUGAUGAGAGAGUGCUAAUUAAGUAAUGAAAAUUCACCAGGAGCCCUGCUUUUUUUAGGGAAAGAGAGACGGAAGGAAGGAGGGAAGGACGGAGGAAGGAAGGCUGAGAUCAUAAAUAAAACACACACACACACACACACACACAGAGGAAAAAAACAUUGCAGAAAAGGUAAUGUCACGUAAGAGGCUGAGUUGAUUUUGCCCAUAAAAGCAGAUUCCAGGGGCCUGGGUGGUGUCAGGACAGCCUACCUCAUCAAGGCAACUGACACACAAAAAAAGAUUAUGAGUCCUUAUGUGGUCAAUUCAGGUGAAAGCUAGGAAGUAUCAGAGGAAACCAAAACCCACCUUCCUUUCAUUACAACCAUUUUACCCUAUGGAACAUUUUUAUAAAUAGUAUCAGCAGCAUUGCCUGAAUUCAUUUCAAAAACUUUUAAAGCAAGAAAAAGACUUCAAAGAUUAGCUCACCCAACCUCCUAUAAAAGGAUGUAUAUAUUGCUUUUAUUAAAUUGAGUGAUUUUCUCACGAGUUUUCUCCAUCUUCAAGAGGCACUGUGCCCCGUUCUCUCCUCAAGAUCCAUGAUCAACUAAACUCAAAGCUUUUUAAUUUUACUCACUGAUUCCUGCUUAUUUUGUUCCUCCAAAUUUAUAUUCUUCCCAAGGGUGGAUCCAGUAAACAUACUCACAAAGCACUGACCUACACACACCACUUUCUCUUGCGGGACUGACAGGGCAAGAAGUGGACCCUGCCUAGAGGCAAUUUAACUGUGGGAUUAGGAUUUAAUCCCAAUCCUAAUCACAGGUGUUUACAAACAAAACCUCCCAAGAACUGCAACAGAUCCACUACCUAGAUCCAAGAUCCAGAUAGUUUUCCCUUUUCUCAUUUCGCCAUUAGAUAAAGAUAGUUCCCAAGAGAGUAACUCACAUUCUCCAGGGUUCUUUCUGGACGGUGGGGGAGGGAGAUGGAGACAACAAAUCUGUUGGCCUUGUAGACUGGAUUUAAAUGGAGGGAGAGACUUGCUAGGUGUGGCCACAAGGUGGCGAUCACCCCCCCACCUCCCCCCACCCCAAGUGAAACCUGGUGGGGAUUGAGGACUGCAAGCCCCUCAGGGGGUUCCAGGAGAACUCACACCAAAACAAGUUUCAGGAAAACCAACCAACAGAUUUCCACAGGAGGUUGAACUGUAAAAGAAGAACAAUAAAAAUGGCAGCGAAGAAAUGCAGAGCCAAUUUCCAUGAAUAGUUAAAUCCACCCUACCCGUCUCCCCUGGGCUGCUCCAGAAGUGCUAAGACCCCUCCCACCCGCUUCCCUGGAAACCAACCAGCAACCCUCACAUGGAAAACUGUUAUUUCAAAGACAAACCUGAAGAACCAAGGUUGCCAAUGAGCUCAAUGCCAAACCAAACAACUCUAAUCACAUUUAUAGUUUUAAAAUCCAGUCCCAGAACAGAGCUGUAGAUUAAGGAACACUAGGUCAUUAUGGAAUUUUUUCAAAGAGCUCUUUUAAAAGCAUCAGUUGAGAAACGAUUUAUGAGCUCCUCUUUGUCCCUUCCUCUGGAAAGAAAGUGGAACCUGUGAGCAGUAGAUGCCCCAAGCUGGGGAGGCUGAAAUAGACCAGCCCAUGAUCUGGACUUGCAAGUAUUCCUGGGGCAUGAAAACAUUUUUUCUUCCUUUUUCUUUUCUUUUUUUCUUUUUUUCUUUUUUUUUCUUUCUUUCUUUCUUUCUUUCUUUCUUUCUUUCUUUCUUUCUUUCUUUCUUUCUUUCUUUCUUUCUUUCUUUCUUUCUUUCUUUCUUUCUUUCUUUCUUUCUUUCUUCUUUCUUUCUUUCUUAACUUUAUCCUCUACCCAGAAUUUCAAGAAAGGAAGAACCACUUUCUUACUCAGGAUAUGUGCUUGCUUUCGAUCACCUGACUCCUACGAUUCUAUCUCAUUCCUACUUCCGUUUCUUUCCCUCCAAAGGGCACACUCCCCUUGUAUCUCACUGUCUAUUCCUAAAACUUUGAAAAGGAAAGAUUCACAUGUCAGUUUAGUUCCAAUGAUCCCACAGAAGAUGGAAUAAUUUGUUCAUUUGCUUCAAACUUGCCAAGGCCUUGGGACCUCAGACGCCUGAGGGGGAGGAGUGAUCUGUGUAGUUUGGGAGUCUGCCUCUUAUACAAAGCUCCAGAUGCCAAGAGCAGACUCAGCCCCACCCAGCCUCUCUGGGUGGCCCGUCUUUCUCUAGAUAACGAUAACAGAAAGGAUCCACGCUCGGGAAAGGUGAGACACCAGGCUGGCUUCUGCGUGACGCCUGUAGCCUCUCUCUGGCUUUAUCUCCAGGCCCUUUGGCCACAUUCCUGAACAUCGUUGACUAAAUGCUCCCCCAUACUUUUGUUUCUUCUGUAACCCCACCCCACACAAAUGUGACUGAGUUUCCCUCAACUGUACUCCAGCAUUUUGGAGACCCACCAGGCCAAAUGAGAAUUCACGGACUGAAGGAGACCUCCAAAAGUAAAUAGGGGGAAAAGCCCUAGGAUAUUUGAAGUGGGUGUGUUGUAGAUUCAGGUCCCCCUUGAAAGAAUGGCUCUGGUUCAUCCUAAUUGUAGCCACAUUAGAUUUGCUUAUGUCCAUUCUGUGUUCUUCAAGCUUUGAGAAAUAGGGAAGAAGAAAACAUAAAACAUAAAAUAAAAUAGCAAAAUAAGAGAAGCUGACAGAUGAUUGGAGAUUGAAAGCAAGCCUUCCACUGAUGGCCCACAGCAGAGGUACAGAGAGCGAGGGUGAGGCAAGAGGCGCUGGUCUAGGGACCUGCAUUAGUUCCUUGAGUUCUGGUCUCACUGCCCCCCUGAGCUCCUGUCACUUCACACACCUGACCUGAGGAGAAACUAAGGUACCAGAGGCCUGUCACCGCAGAAAACGAGAAGCAGAAGAGCUUCCUGUGCUUGCUUAACUGGUUGAGCCCAGACCUCACUUUUCCUUCAUGGCACUCACAAGCCUGAUUUGUCAUCUCCAGCAUUUCUGAUUAAUUUUUCAAGGUCACCCCUUGCCUGAACCAUGACUUCAUUGCACCUGCAGCACUUCAUUGUCCAAGUGUCCUUGGCAAACCUCAGUCUUUGGACAGUGUUGCAUUUUCUCCAAACCGGAAAUCCUCCCUCCUUCCCAAGCUUAACAAGGCAAUUGCAGAGUAUCCAAAUAACACAGCUCUUGUUCCUCAGACGAGCUCUGCGCUCUCUGUUAACUUGACAAAACAGCUCCUCCUUGUCCACUCUGAGCCUGGACUGAUGCUGAAUCUCCAGUUCAGAAACAUUUAAUGCCUUUCUGUCUCCCUGAAUUGACCCUUCCGGGUACUGACAUUGGCUCAUUGGCACCAUGAGCUUAUGGGAGGCAGAGCAAGAUCCCAGGAGGCCUGGAAUACCUAAGCCACAGAGAGGGUUUGGGCCCAGAUGUGUGGCCAGAAGGCAAGUACAUGGAUGAGAACUAUUGUUUUCUUCCCAUCACUGGUUUAAAAGCCCCAAGGACACCCUGUGUUGCUCUCUAACAUCCUGCCAUUGGACGCGAAUGUAUUCAAGGCUGCCUCCAAAAGACAAAUAUUGGGAACAUACCUUCAGAGCUGGAGGGGACUGGGGAUCAUCUAACCUGACCCUCUCAUUUCAGACUUCAGAGAAAAGAUGCCCAGAAGAGUUAGGCAACUUGCCCAAGUUCACACAGCUAAUUAGUAACAGAGCUGAGGUCAGAUCUGGCAUAGGCCUUUUAAUAUUUCUCUUCCCAGAUGAAGACUAAGAGAAAUGGUAUUUACUGCAGUCCAACUACUUUCCAGAUACUGUGCUAGGAACUUCACACGUAUUGCUUCAUUAAAUCCUCACCACAACCCUGAUUCAAGUUUAACCAUUUUACAGAUAAGGAAAUGGAGAUACAGAAAGGUUUAGUGACAUGCCCAAAGUCACACAGGUGCUAAGGAGAGCCAUAAUCGGAAUCUCUCUGCCUAAUUCUAAAUCCCUUGCUUUUGCCUUUUCGGGAGGCUGCUGCCCUUUCUGCUUGUUUAGUCAAGUGGCCGCCAUCUUGGAUUUACUAAUGUUUGCACAAAGGGACUUCUGAUGCCACUUCCCUCUAUCUUUUAAGAAAAGGGAGUUCUUGUGUUUUUUGCCGCAUACGCCAGGAGACCUUCCACUUCACCAUCAAAAGUAAGAAAUAUCCAGACAGCUCUUUCCUUUUCCUUGUCUUUUUUCCUUUUCUUUCUUUCUUUUUCUUUCUUUCUUUUCUUUCUUUCUUUCUUCUUUUUCUUUCUUUCUUUCUUUCUUUUUCUUUCUUUCUUUCUUCUCUUUCUUUCUUUCUUUCUUUCUUUCUUUCUUUCUUUCUUUCUUUCUUUUGUUUCUAAUUGGGAAGGUAAGAAAAAGUUCUACAGCAAAUUGGUAGCAGUUUAAAAAGACCAGGACACAAACACUAUGUCCCCAACCCUACUCCUUUGGGAAUAUAGUGGCCUCUUCCUCAUCCAACAUUAGAAGAGUAGGGAAUUCCAGAGUCAUUCUUCUCAAACUAGGUAGACAAGGUUGACAAGACUGGAGAGAAUAAACAUGACACAUGUUCCUGGAGCACCAAUUUUAUUUCAGAAUUUAAGAGGAAAGGAGUUAUAUUAUUAAUAUUUUGAAACCAAUACAGACGGUAUCAAACAUAGAAAUCCUAUGAAUUUUUAGGCUAAAACCAGCAGGCUACAGACUAAUUGGGCUUUUUCCUCCCAGACUUUCAUGGAUACCAUGAGAGUGUCCCUGUAGGGGUACAUCAGUGGGAAAAUUGGGGAAUGAGGCUAGACAAAGGCAGGAGACUAAUGUUACUUAUUCUCCUCUUCUGACCCACUCCCACCUCCUCAGUGGGGAUGUGCGUGUGUUGGAGGUAGGUGGUCUCAGAGGAUAGCUAGGCACAAUCUCAGCUCUCUUGGCUGCACUGAGGAAUUAAGAAGGAAAUUUGUACUGGGUAAAUGAUAUUUUUGUCUGUCAGGCCCAAAAUCCAGAAAUGAAUCCCUUCCUCUUAACUGAAUGCCACUUAUCCAUAAAGGAAUAGAUUUCCCCAAGAAAGAACUCUGCAUUUCAUGGUCCUCUUCCAUGUGGAGGCUGCUGAGGGUGCUGACAUGACUCUGUGUUAGAUUCCAUAAAAGCCAAGUUUUCUACAAAACUGUCAGCCAAGUAAGAGCCCCCCUACUGAACCCCGUUUCCCCACCCAUGCCCUCUAGACUCACACCACAGUCCCACAGACUCAGAGUUCAGAAUCCAGAUGGGUUACUGUUAACACCAGUCUCCUCCUUCCCAUCCUGCACACACACAGGCAUCCAGCCAUCCUGACCUCGGAUGCGCCCCAGGUCCAUAGGAACUCCUAGGUACCCUGGGCAAGUCGCUGUGACUUCGAGGAAGCUGUUACAUUGGGCCCAGGCAGCUGAAACCCACCUCGGUGGUCUCUAGAUUGUUGUUCUCAGAACCCAUAAACACUGAAUCCUCCAGUCCCCCUGAAUUUGAGUUUGUCAUUUUAACCUUUAACGGCCUUUUCAGGUAAAAAAAAAUAUAUAUAAAUAACACCGACCAAUUUACUGCCUUUGUAGUUACAUUGUGCUGGGGAAAAGCAUUUACUUAAAAGAAAGACUAGAAGGAAGGCAAAAACAAAAACAAGAAGAAAAUGGAGUACACACUCCUGAGACGAUGUACACUGUACUAGACUGGAAUAAAAGUAUCAACAGAGGACGGGAGGGGGGAAGCCAACCUCCUGGCUCCUUUCAUGGCACUGUAGCUCAAAGACCGGAAUCUCCGCUUGUUAACCAUUGUUAACCAGUAUUUUUAGUCCUGAUUGCUUUUAGCUUCUGUAUAGUUCCUUUUUUAAACACAUUUUCUAUACGUCAAUAAAAGAUCCAGAAGGAA